AACACAGACUCAGCGGGGAGAGUCAGUCUUCAUCAUCAUCAUCGUCACUCUGCAGCUCUACAAUGCUCUCUUCCUCCCUUCUCCUUCUCCUCCUCUUCCUCCCUCAGGCUCUGGCCUGUCAGACCAGCUCCUACACAGAGUGUAAGGAUGCUCCGUUUGUCCCAGGUCACAACCUGGCCGGUGAGGGUUUUGAUGUGGUGAAGAUGAAGACUACUGGAGCCAGCGUGGUCGAUGUCAAGAACUUCAUGGUGGGGGGAGUCCAUGGAAACUGCACCGUGUGCCACAACCACCUUCUGAACCAGACCCAGAAACUACCAGUGUCUGUCAUGGACUGGAGGAUAAAGGUGCACUGUCGUCGCAGUCUGAGCAGUAAGAUAUUUGAGUCAAGCCAGUCAGUCAUGAAAGAGACCAGUAAGUCUCUUGGAGUCAGCUGGAAGGUGGGUCUUGGUAUUCCUCGACUUGGGGGGUUCGCAGUCGGAGGGUCGCAUUCCUUCUCUUCAAAAUUUGCAGAAAGUCGCAGCAGGAAGGACAAGUUCUCUUUCACCGCUCACAACUUCAACUGUAAAUACUACACCUUCCGUCUUCACUCCCGCCCUCCCCUGAGCCAGGAGUUUGAAGUUUCUCUGAAGAACCUCCCCGCCACUCACCACCACAAGAACACUUCAGCUUACAAACAGUUCAUUGCCGUCUACGGCACCCACUUCAUCCGUAGAGUCCACCUUGGAGGUCGUGUGAACUCCAUCACCGCCAUACGGACGUGUGAAGCCUCCAUGAACAAGCUGUCCGCCCGCACUAUAAGCAACUGCCUGGGAGUAGAGGCCAGGGCCGUAAUAAAAGGCAUUUCCAUCAGCGCGGCAUCAAAGUUCUGCCACUCAAAGAGCAAGAGACUGAAAACUGCGGCGACCUUCAGCCAGUCCUUCUCUGACCGCACCACUGAGGUUCUGGGAGGAGAUGGGGGUGUCGAGGACAUCCUGUUCAGUCCAAACGGUGCUGCAGGAUAUAAGAAGUGGAUGAGUUCACUGAAGAGAGUCCCAGGUGUGGUGUCCUACGACAUCAGCCCCCUGCACCUGCUGGUGACAGAUAACCCCACCCUCAAGGCUAGCCUGCGUGACGCCAUCAGCGACUACAUCAUCACGACUGCCAAACCACUCCGCUGCCCAGCCAGAUGCAAGAUUGGCAGCCAGAACCAGAACUGCGCUUGUCACUGCAAAGGACACCAAAUGGUGAACUCUGAAUGCUGCCCUGGAGAGCCCGGCGUGGCCCGGAUGAACGUGACGGUGGUGCGAGCUCAAGGCCUUUGGGGGGACUAUUUCUCCAAGACGGACGGUUACGUUAAGGUUUUCUAUGGUAAAGAAGCAGCAGUGACACCAGUGAUCUGGAACAAUGACUUCCCCACCUGGAACUACGUCAUUCGCUUUCAAACGGUCAACCUACGCCACAGGACUCAUAUCCGCUUCGAGGUUUGGGACCGGGACAACCGCUGGAAUGACGACCUGCUGGGCAGAGUGGACAUCAUCCCCACAUCAGGACGAAACGUCAGCAAGAGGUUACGUCUGAAACACGGCUCGCUGUUCGUCCGUCUGUCUGUGUUGUGCGCUCCCAGCCUGCAGGGGUCGCUGUGUGAGCAGUACUCCGCCUCGCCGAGCUACGAGGAGGUGAUGCAAUACACAAAAGAGGACCAGGCGCACCACUGGGAGUCAGGGGGGAAGGGUACUCAUGAGGGAAAGAUACUUUAAAUUUGAAUUCAGCAGACCCUUUUUUGACUCUGAUUCACCCACUGACCCUCCAAUCAGAGAGCCUUCUCCAAUUACUGAGCUUUUUCCAACUUUGUGGCCCUAUUUUUGUAACGUCAACAUGGUUAUAGGGUGUGCCUGCAGUGUCCCGCAAUAACCCAAACAGGUUUAUUCUGUCUCCACAAUUUUUUUUCCUGGUUUUCCUAAUGACAGGCAUGUAAAGCUUUUCUGAUAGCUUGACAUGUUUCAACUUCCUGCAGUCUUCCUCAGAAAAGUCACAUGAUGUUGCU